AUGUGUCUCACUUCAUACCCAAAGUGUGGCCUCCAACCAUCUUAUGAGUCCUUUCUGGAGAAUGGAUAAAGGAUUAACAAGGCUGGGGAGUGCCCAUGGCAUGUGAGCAUUCAGAUCAAGGGGAAACAUAUCUGUGGAGGCAGCAUAAUCAACACAUCAUGGGUUCUAACUGCAGCCCCUUGCUUUGCAGAAGGGCUGCCAUCAAAUCUCACUGUUGUGCUGGAGGAAAUUGGCUUCAUCCUCCCACUGGAAGAGCAUCAGCUGGACAGAUUGAUCCCAGAAAACUUUGACUGAAUAAGCAUGGCAAAUCAUGCCACUUUGAUCCUGCUCAGGUCUCCAGAGAAAAUCCCUCUCUGCUUGCCCUUCAUAUAUGACAUCAAUACAUGGCAACACUGCUGGAUCACUGGAUGGGGACCCACAGCUGCAGAUCUUCCCUUUGAGUCUCACCUUCCUGAAAGUGCUGGGAGGAUUCAGCUCAGAGAAAUAUGGAUAGUAGCAGUGAAAAGCUGUAGGUCUUCUCUGCAGCAGCAACAUCCUCCCAAAGUCAACAGUGGGAGACCUCUGGUUUGCAGCUGCUGGAACACCAUGAAGUGGUUUCAGAUUGGCAUUGACAGCUGGGGAGAGGGUUGUGUGGAGAAGCUGUACCAUGACAUCUUUAUGUCUCUUUACAGCUACCGUGGUUGAAUUGAGUCCAAAACAGCCACAACAGGGAAACCUUUCUUCACUGAAGGCAGGGAUAACUGUGCCAAUGCUGGGGUGGUUCCUUCCAUCUGGUGUUUCUUGAGUAUUGUCCCCAUUUACUUAUCUUUUAAUAGCAAUUAG